UGCUCGUCGCAUUGUCUGGUCACCCAGUUAGAACUAAUCAUCACUUUUAUUAUCUACAGUGCAUUUUCUCGCGAGUUAUUACAAAGAAAAAUUGCUAUUUGCGUUGUUGGAUAUCCCGCAACCCCCAUUAUUACCGCACGAGCACGCUUCUGUGUUUCUGCUUCGCACACACGAAAAGACCUUGGUAAGCUACAUUCGAUUGUUCUGACUUACACCACUCACCCGCUAACGGUUUGUCUUCCAUCACCCGCAGACUAUGCUCUGGAGCAUAUUAGUGAGAUUGGUGAUACUUUGAUGCUCAAGGUCUCCCGAGCAGCUAGAAAAAAGUUAGAAUAGAAUAGUUAAUUUUUGUGAUCUAUCCCUGUUGUUGUGUUUAACAGACCUGUAUCAUAUCAGUAUUUAUGCAAAAUCAAACUAAAAGCAUGCUUCCCAACUUUUUUCUUUGCAAAUUUGUGCCUGCCCGUCUUUUGUGUAUUGAACAGACUUUUUAUCUUGCUCCCCAUCGGCUCUUCUUCAAAAUGUGGUUUAGCAUGCUGGCAUGUGUCUGCCUACUGUUUGCCUUUAUGUGGAGGCUAUGGGCAGUUCUACCCAAAAGCAGUAGCAAACCUAGACGGCAUAGUACAUCUCCAUGCAAGACCUGCAUAGUGUUGGGAUCAGGCGGCCAUACAACCGAGAUGAUAGCGCUGAUUCGCAAUCUUGAUGAUCACCAAUACGCGCCUCGCACAUAUGUCAUAGCAGAUACGGAUUCAUUGAGCGAGGUGAAGGCGCGACAGCUGGAGCAAGAGCGAUCGGGCGUUGAACAUAAAGAUUACUUUAUACUAAGAAUACCACGAUUAAGAGAGGUAGGACAGUCGCUGAGCAGUGUGCCCUUCAGCGUCGUCAAAGCUUUACUUGGGUCAUUCAAAAUACUAUCUAAUAUGCCGGAUCUAAUCAUUUGUAAUGGCCCAGGAAGCUGUAUCUCGAUAUGCAUGGUGGCAUAUCUGCCAAGGCUGCUGGGGAUUAAGCACAUACGCAUCGUCUACGUCGAGUCGUUUGCAAGAGUCAAAUCAUUGUCUGUCACUGGACGGUUACUUUACCCAGUUGUAGACAAUUUCCUCGUACAAUGGCCAGAACUACUAGAAACAUACCCUCGCGCUAUUUAUAAUGGCACUUUAGUGUGAUAUGUAAUAUAUACACACAGGAUCAAUUUAUUACUACAAUGAAACUUCCUGUUGUGAUCUGAUUUAAUCCGAU